AUGGCUCCACGAUUGAUGAAUUCGUCUCGGACGGGGCUUGCGCUCCUUGCAGGAUGCAUUUUCUUCUCUGCUGUAGUAGCUGCGUCAGCUCAUGUUGAUGACUUGUCUGUUGGCGAGAUUGAGGAGCAAUUGCAGCGUUGUCCACUAGUCGAAGCUCUCAAUGAGCAUAAGAGAGCUUCGGCACCGGAAACGGCCAGUUUCACUGCGAGAAUCUUCGCUGUCUUGUUCCCAGGAAGCCCAGCCGUGAAUGCUCUGUUAGCCACUCUGUAUAUCUCUGGCCCUCCUAACUUCCUUCUCGCAUUAUGCCCUCCGAACAUCGAUCCCUCUUCCCUGUCAGUCAUGGUGGCCUUCGCUGUGGGUGGCCUGCUCGGCGAUACGCUGUUCCAUCUGCUUCCUGAGAUUUUCUUGGGUGAAGCUUCUCCAGAGCAUGUGAGCUUUGUCAUGGUUGAGCCCAACAAGAAUCCCCUUCUUGGAUUAGGUAUCAUGGUUGGCUUCUUCACUUUUGUCGCAAUGGACAAGACUCUCCGCAUUGCUACCGGCGGCGAAGGCGGCCAUGACCAUACCCACGGCGACUCGCAUGCCAGUAACGACCACAAUGCAAGCACCACAAGCGCCCAACUCACCGGCACCACCAACAGCGAACUAAAGCAGCGCAAGUCCCCCAAGUCCGAGACCGAGCUCUCCGUGCAGGAUUCCUCCGCAGAGAAAGAUAUCAAUCCCAGUGUGAAACUGGGUGGUUAUCUGAACCUGAUCGCCGAUUUCACCCACAACAUCACCGAUGGUCUUGCCCUGUCUUCGUCCUUCUACGCUUCUCCUACCAUCGGCGCGACGACCACUGUGGCCGUGUUCUUCCACGAGAUCCCUCACGAGGUGGGCGACUUUGCACUCCUCAUCCAAUCCGGCUUUUCAAAGCGCAAGGCCAUGGGGGCUCAGUUUGUCACUGCGAUCGGUGCCUUCCUGGGUACUUUUAUCGGUAUUGCGGUGCAGGAGUUCGGAGGCAACAGUGCAGUCUCCCAGGCCGCUGCGGGAGCGGGCAUUUGGGGUACCAGUCUCCAAUGGGGUGAUAUGCUGCUUCCAUUUACCGCGGGUACAUUCCUGUAUGUUGGCACCGUUGCCGUCAUUCCCGAGUUGCUCGAGACAGGUAAAGAUAAGGGCGCCGAGGUGCGGAAGACCUUGACGCAAUUCCUGGCCGUGGCCGUUGGUGCCGGCAUCAUGCUCUUGAUCUCCUGGGAUUGA